AUGAAAAGAACCGUAAACUUUCUUACUGUUGUGUUUAAUCAGUUGGGAUCAGUAAAGGCUGAAAAUAGUAAACUUCCCCCGAUGAGCGAUAAUGGAGAUGCUGCAGUUGACUUACCCCUAAUCGAAUGGCCAGCUGACGAGGUAGUGCUUGGGUUUGGAGAAAUAUGGAAUGUUAUGUGUAUCUGUAAUAACCCAAUCGUAUGGAAGCCUUUUGAUGACGCGUAUUCGUGGGAGCUUCCAGUCAUCAAUAUUUCAUUUCACAACACAACCGAUAUCAAAAAGCCUUAUGGUAGCAUUCUUACCAUAACAAACGCAACUGCAUUGAUGGUUGGCCAGUACUACUGUGUACACUCCGAGAAGCAACAUGAAGAUCUAGAUGAGAUGAUUGCUGAAAACGUAGCCAGCAGCAUCUAUGUUUAUGUAAAAGAUCCUCAUCAAAUCGUGGUACCGCGUCAGAUUAAGUAUUACUAUAAAAACCAAAAAAUGGUUAUUCUCUGCAAACCUUCGCAUCCGGAUGUAGAGGUGGAAUUGUGUGACCAUUCGUACAAAACCUGUAGAGCGACUUCAGAUCCAACAAAAGGGUUUGUAAUUUCGGAAACAACCUAUAUUCGUUCAGAAGAUUAUUAUUGUAAAGUCAAUGACACCAAAUUUGCUCCUAUUCUUCCCCUGGAAUACAGUGGAGGAACAUUAAAAAAACCUAUCAUCAUAAGCAAUGUUGGGAAUCAAGUACCAAUUGGGAGAACCAUUCGUCUGAACUGCAUUUUCGUGGGGUAUGGUAAAAAUAUUCAAGUAUGGUGGAAAACGCUUCCAAACCAUCAGCUUGCUGAGAUAGACAAUACAAUCUCUAUAGGUAAAAUAUUUAGACCCACUUUAGAGUCUUCACUCGUCACUCGUGACCUCAUAAUCGAAAAUGCUACGAUCGAGCACAAAAGAACCUAUCGGUGUGAAGUGAUUGAUAGUGAAAAUAAUACCUACUAUCACAAUUUUAAGUUGCAUGUUCGUGAAUCGGCUAACGAUUUUGUUGAACUGAGUACAGCACACAACCGAACGUCCAUCAAUCGAUGGAUAAACAGCAAUGGAGAAACAACGCCGAUUGAAAUUAUUAUCCAUUAUAAAUCCUAUCCCUCCAACAUAACCUAUGAGUGGUUCAAGGACUACGAUGGCCUAAUAGACAUGGAGAACGGAGCCGUGUUUAAACAAGAAAAAACUGAUGAUUAUAUCAAACUGAGGAUCCAUCAACCGAAGUCGUACAAUACAGACAUUUACACACUUGUUGUUCAAGCAGGUACCGCGAAAGCGAUAUACAACAUGUCCGUUUUCGUUCAUGAUAAGCCUACUUUAACUAUGGAUAAUAGAAAAGCAGCCGAAGGAGAUAUAGUUACUUUACAGUGUUCGGCUGAGGCUUAUCCGAUGUCAACAAUUAGCUUCAUGUUCCAGCCGUGUAAGGAAGUACCCAGGGCCAACUGUUCGACUUUGAAUAAUACAGAAGCUGUGUGGCAAGUAGGUAGCGCGCGAACAGAGACCGGAGGAUACGUCUGGGUAGUAUCGCUAUACACAAUAUAUGCUCUUGAACCUGGAGUCGUGUACUGCAAGGCUAACAAUUCCGUAGGAAAUGCAAUGACGCAAGCCUAUUUAUUGAUAGAAAAUAUUUCCGAAUUUAUGACGCUGGAAAUUGUUAACCCCAAAGGUGUAAUUACUGUUGGAGAUAACGUAACCAUCGUCUGCUCGGUUAUGAUUUUCGUAGACACCGUUGACGUGACAUUCGAGCGCAAUGGAAAGAAGCUCCCAGGAACUGUGAUACAAAACGAUUCAAAAAUGCACAAAAUCCAACUCACUCUGUGGAAUGUUGGCCUAAAUCAUACGGGAGAAAUAUUCUGUAAUGUGACAUACAGGAGGAACAGAAGACCAGAAGAGUCAACGUUCAUUCACAUGGAAGUGAUACAUGCAGUCGCUCCUCAUUUGCGUUCAGGCGAUAUCAAUCAAACUCUAAUCGUUGAUGCACUGAAGCCCAUUAAACUCGAGUGUGAUGUUGGUGGAACUCCUGAACCAAAGAUAACGUGGUUCAAAGAUGGAAAGCCUUUCGAAUACAAUAUGAGCAGCCCAGAAAAUAUAUCUUCAAUCACAAUUGAAAAUGCGAAUCCAAUGCACUCGGGGUUAUAUAAAUGCAUUGCAGCAAAUAAACAAGGAAAUAUUAUGUUAUUCAAGGACGUUACCGUACCAAUUAGCAAGUGGAAUCAGCCGAUAGUAUAUGUGAUGAUGUCUCUUCUACUGCUAAUAGCAAUUCCAAUAGGGUUGACAUCUCUGUAUUUCUUCUACAAGAAGAAAAAGCAAUUAUCAAAAUUAGAAGAUGACAUUUUUGCAUAUUAUAACCCCAUCUUGCCACAGAAUGAAGAGACCAAACUUCCAUUUUCAUAUAAAUCGCAGUAUGAAUUCGCACUGGAGCGACUGAAACUUCUCACACAACUCGGGACCGGUGCUUUUGGUGUAGUGAUGAUGGCAAUCGCCACUGGUAUUAAGGUAAACGAAGAGACAACGAUAGUUGCCGUCAAAAUUGUAAAGGAUAAACACGAUGACGAUUCUAUGCGCGCCCUAUUGGCGGAGCUCAAGAUAUUAACACAUCUAGGUCGGCACCUGAACGUGGUGAAUCUACUUGGAGCAGUAACUCAACACAUUUCGAAUCAUGAGUUAAUGGUUAUCGUCGAGUAUUGUGCUUUCGGAAAUUUGCAGGAUUACCUACAAAAACAUCGAGGACGAUUCAUGGAUCAGAUAAGUCACCAAUCGGAUGAGGUAUUACAAUCGAACAGAACCGAUCGUGUUUAUCAAUACAACGUUCAUGGUUUGAAAUACGUGAGUUUAUCGUUUUCUACCGACAAUCUAAAUCACCCUGCACAAUGUGGCCUACAGUCAACUAGUAACAAAAGAUAUGUAUAUUAUUCCCAAAUCAACGAUGCCGACAAGAAUGAUAAAAAAGCCCACAAUGCAUCUACUGAGAGUGAGUUUUCUAAUUUCGAGGUUUUGUUCCGAUAUAUUCGCUUCUAACAUUAAAUGCUCACAUAACUUACAGCUCAAGAUCGUUUGUCCUUUGACUCAGAAGAACCCUUAAAACCGUCUAGCCAUCUCGCGAACGAAUCGGUUGCUCCUUUAAGAUCAUUAAAUACAGCUGAUCUCAUCAUAUGGGCUGCACAAGUAGCAAGCGGGAUGGAGUACUUGGCAUCGCAAAAAGUUAUGCACGGUGAUCUGGCUGCUCGGAACAUUCUAUUAUGUGAUGAUAAUGUAGUAAAGAUUUGCGAUUUUGGACUGGCACGAACUAUUUAUCGACACAACGUUUACAAGAAAAAUGGCGAAGCUUUGCUGCCAUUCAAAUGGCUGGCAAUAGAAUGCAUCACGGAUAAUAUUUUUAACACCCAGUCGGAUGUGUGGGCAUACGGCAUAGUGUUAUGGGAGCUGUUUUCUCUCGGUAAGAUGCCAUACCCAGGGCUGGACGCCAAUCUCGAGCUAUACAAUAUGUUACAAGAAGGAUACAGGAUGCAAAAACCCCAAUUCGCCAAUCGAGAUAUCUACGAUAUUAUGCUAAAUUGCUGGGCAGAAGAUCCAACUGCUCGACCCUCGUUUACAGAUCUCAGGCGCCGAUUCAAUGCAAUGAUGCCCGAGGAGGUGCUAGAUCGCUUAUUGAAACUGAACGAGCCGUAUGUAGCAUUGAACGCGGCAAACAAUAAAGAUAACAGUGCAUUCUCGUCGUAUGUACUACCUUCCUCAACCAAAGGUUAUGUGAAUGUUUCAAAAGUACCUUCUGUAUAUCCAUCUUCCGACAUCGAUCAAAGCACAACAAACGACGAUCGUGAAUCCAAAGUGGAUGCAGAUGGUAGUAGCAACAGUGGAGACGACUUAAAACAGAUGAGUUUCAACGCUGAGGAAUUGCAACCGGCCCAGGAUUCCCUCAGUAACACAUCUGCUGGAAUUCGUAAAAAGAAGCACAGUAGACACGCGGAGCUGUUCGUCAAUAUGCACAACGCCUUCUCUAAUCCAUGUUAUAUCGAUAUGAAACAAUUCAAUGAAGAGCGUUAA